AUGUCCGACUGGGAUGAAGCCCUACCUCAUUAUCUACUUGAAGAAUGGGAGAAAUGGAAAAAUAACUUACCUGACUUGGAAAAAUUACAAAUUCCUCGAUUGAUUGUUCCAAAUUUGAGUGAAGCAUAUAGGAAAGAAUUACUUAUUUUCUGUGAUGCGUCAGAACUAGCUAUUAGUGCUGUUUGCUAUUUAAAAACACAGUGUCACAAUGGUUCUAUUUCUCAAGGAUUCGUUUUAGGAAAAGUAAAAGUGCCACCUGUCAGUGGACAUACAAUCCCUAGAUUGGAACUGUGUGGUGCUGCACUUGCCGUGGACAUAGGACAAAUAGCAAAAGAACAGUUAAAGAUAGAAAUAGAUGAUGUGAAAUAUUUUAGCGACAGUCGAAUCGUAUUAGGAUACAUACACAAUGUAAAGAAACGAUUCUUCGUGUAUGUCAGUAAUCGUAUUGCUCACAUUCUCAGUUUAAGCGAUCCGUCACAGUGGUGUAACAUUCGUAGCGAGAUCAACCCGGCAAAUGAAAUCCGUUGUAACAAAUUUGACAUUGAGACAAAAACAGUUUUUGGUCUGGACAAUGAACUCCUCACGAAAUUCUCGAAGUGGAACAAGCUAGUAGCAGUGGUUGCUAAGGUUUAUGGAUUUAUUCAGAAGUGUCGCAAAGCUGCGAGUAUGAUGAAGAGUGAUGUUUAUCUUCUGUGCAAAGCUGAAACAGUUAUUAUCAGAGACAUUCAACAGAAAUUCUAUUCUGAGGAAAUUGAAAAUUUAAAGGACUCCAAACCUUUGCCAAAAAAUAGUCCUAUUCAAAAACUAGAUCCAUACAUUGACAGUGAAGGCAUUUUACGUGUUGGUGGUCGCUUGAAAAACCUCAGUGCAGAUGUUUUAUUCAAGAACCCAAUGAUUCUUCCUGCAAAACAUCAUGCUACCACUCUCAUUGUCAGAAAACUUCAUGCUGAUGUCAGCUACCAAAAACGUCAUAUUAUAGAGGGUCAUAUUCGUUCAUCUGGAUUUUGGAUUGUUGGAGGAAAAAGACUUGUGUCAUCUAUUCUUCAUCAGUGUGUCACUUGCAGGAAACUAAGAAAAGUACCUGAAUAUCAGAAGAUGUCUAACUUACCUGAGGAUCGUCUCAUACCAGGACAACCACCCUUCUCUACUGUCGGAGUUGACAUUUUUGGACCGUGGAACAUCAUCACUCGGCGUACCAGAGGUAGUGCAGCAAUAAAAGAUGGGCUGCUUUGUUCACUUGCCUCGUUACCAGGGCUGUACAUAUCGAAGUCGUGGCGGAAAUGA